UAUGCUCUGAAUAAAUGUAUCCAUUUGUAGAUCAUGUUCAAAAUGCUACUUAGCGUGAAAUUUUGUGUUUUGUGUGUUUCAGUGUGUGAAUCUAAGCAGUCAGUUAAUUCCCAAAAACGACCCAGUACCUUUGGUCACCAAAGAAGAUUUGAACAGUGUCCAGUGAGCAAAUACCCGAUGUGUACUGAUGAGGAGGAGGAGAAUAAAUGCCCAUCAGGCUGUCGACUACAGGGUCUCAUUGAUAAGGAGGAGGACGACAUUUAUGCUCGCCUCAGCAAAAUCUGUGAAAAGAUUCACCAAUGCAAGAGCACAACUUUACCUACGAUGCUUAAAAGUGCACAGUUCUACGAAGCACAAAGGAAGAUUAUCAUCAAAACAUACAUGGAAGAACUGAGGUACGCUGAGGUUGCUGAGAGACUUUACAGGAACCUGACGCUGUUAUGGAAGAAGUCCUCCAAGCUCUCCAGUGAUCUUCAGAGGUACCACAGUCAGAUCUUGGAUCAGAUAACUGAGAUGCGCCGUCUUGAGGUGGACAUUGACAUUAAACUACGUGCAUGCAAAGGGUCAUGCAAGCAAACCUUUGAUCACACCAUUGAUCACGAAGCUUUCAAAGCCAUGGAGGACAGCAUGGCCAGAUUUGACUUGCUCUCCAUGAGCCAAAAAACAUUUACCGCGGACAAAAAGGUCAAACUGCAGUCUGUUGUUCGACCUCCCAUGUCUCUUGCAUAUCGAAAAAUCCCCCUGGUGCACGCCAAGCUCCUGACAAAGUUUGAGGACACUGAGCAAAACCAAGUGGUCAUGGAUGAGCUUUUACAGGAUAUCUGAAAUUCAGAUGGAGAAGCAACAUCAUAAAGGCAUUUGCAUUUUCACUGGACUUUACUUGCACCAAGGCUAGAAGCAAUUUAGCCUUGUUCGGGUGAAAAUUGGGAAAAAGAAGACAAAAAUCAUGUGGGGUGUUCAAAACAGUCAUAUUUAUCCAUAAAUAUAAUAGAUACACAACACUGUAUGCAUUCAGUACAAUGCUCAUCAUGAUAACUAUAUGGCCAUCAACACAGCAAUGCCAUUGUUUUCAUAUUUGAUUGUUUCCUUUGUGCUUAAAUAACAGAAGCACCUUGUAUUAGUAGUAUGUUUUGUCAAGAGAACACACUUCUGCACAUCUUGAUGAAUAAUUACUGUUUAUUUGCUGAAUUUAACAUGUUGGGGAUUAAAGAACAUGAAAUUUUGCCUAUUUUCUCAAUAUGUUAAAUAAAUAGAAAUUGUGCUCUAAAAUCUGCAGAAAAUGCAUAUUUAUGUGUUCACUGUACAGGAUAUGUUAACUUAUUUUCACUUGGAAAACUCUCAAAACUUUAGUUUGACCAGGGGUGCAUACAACUGUAUAUCAAGAAAAACAGUGAUUCUAAACUUUUGAAUGGUAGUUCAAUCAACCUAAUUUGUAAUGUCAGUACUAAUAGGAUGUCACAAUUCACCACUGUGAUCACUACUGAACUAAAAUAAAGUAACGCUAUAUGAAAUGAG